UUCCACCCCCCAAAAUAUCGCGGCAUACCUAACGUCGGAUUUAAAGUUCUGCCGAUGGAGGACGAGAAUCACAAGUGCGGUGACGCUGUUAAAGGUUUAGUUACAUUCGGAAAAUUACUGUUUGUUAAAAGAAACUGCGGAUGUCAAGGUUGAUGUGCUGCAAAGGGUCGCGAAUACCAACGUUCCCGCGACAUUUCGCUUACAAUUAGAAUUGUAAUUUCGCGAUUACAAAUCACACUCGCGAAAAUCCGAUAAAGUUUGCGAAAUAUUUGGUAGAAUUAAUGAGAAUCUUUUGUGAGAAGCCUUCAACAGAGAGUCGAGGGAUACUUUUGCGAGGAACGCGAGCUUUUCUCUGCGAUCCAACUGUCCACCAUCGACUCGUGUCACGUCUAGUAGGAGACAUGGAGGAUUGCAUGCUCGCCUUUGUACAAAGGGGAAGAAGCAGAAGAAAACGGAGAACAACACGAAGAAGAAGACGACGAAGAAGAUGACGCUGAUGAGGAAGGCGAGGAAGAGGAGGAGUAGGACGCGGACGAAGGAGCAACAGGAGAGGAGCAGAGCGAGACGAAGAGGCCUGGCUGCGAGGAAGACGAGAUGCGGAAGAGAGCGGAGACGGAUGGAGAGAAGGAGGACGCGCACACGUUGGUGCUCGCCCGAAAUAGAAGCCACGCACGGCCGCCGCCAUAUUUCCAGAAAUAAGUUCUCCGGUUACAGGAUCUAUUUCCGAUGCGGGUCGGCGACUGAAGCUGCGCCGUCACCGGCCGCUGUGACGUAUGCGGCUGCAGGUGCAGCGAUCUACUGGCCGAUUCCAACCGUUGCAACCGGGAAACGGGAGCAACGACAGACGCGGACAGGCAGCGUUUGAUUUUGGUGUCCCGGGGAAAGGAUUCUCUCACAGUGCCGCUCUCGUAACCGAUGGUCAGCCAGUGACGUCAGUGACACUCGGUGCGAUCGAUUAUGGUUCACGCAACGAGAACCAGCGAAUUAUUGUUCCACCGCGAAUCGCCGCACCGGCGAGUAAUGCGAUUAGGUGAAUGUGCGAGUUAUGAGCCCGCCAUGUAAUCCCGGGAUAAAUUUGUCGCGGGUUCUCCCCCGUUACCUUCUGGCCGGCUAUAUAAAUCUGCCGGUCGCUCUGUCGGGACGUCAUAUAAAAAUCACUGUUUCGGAACAUUAUAAUUAACGAUCGUGAAUCCAUACGAGGCGAUCUUCAUUAGAUAUGCUAUCUAUUGUUAUUGAUAUUAGCUAUUAGUCACCGUUAUAAUCAGCAGAUUAAAUUCUGUCGUUUGUAUUCUUGAUACGCCGAGGAUAUAAUGCAAAUGUUCGCUUCGGUAAUAAUCGACAACAUAUUCUUACGAUGCCACCCGACGAUAUAUUACGACGUAUCGCUCGACUGCGCAAUUUUGCGCGCUAUUCGCGCGAAUUCUGGCCGAACAAUUUCACGAUUCGACCACGACGCGGAGUUCGCGGCCACGAUGCGUCGCGUGCGCUACAUAGGUGUGUGAGCGCGAAUUUAUCGACGGUAAAAUAGGUUUGCACCUCGUGGCAGUAAUACUCUUGAUUAAGCCGAAUGAAUUACGCUGAUAUUAUUGCCGUGAAAUAAUAAUAUUACUCCCGGUAUUAUCGGCUAAUGCCGCCAUUUGCAUUAACGUCGGCACCUGCUAAUUGGCGUCGCCGCUCGUCGUGUUUUGUCUAUUUGCCGUACGUGUUACAUUCGCCCGCCUGAUUAUGCUAAUCGCCGACGAAUAAUAACGCCCGUCGCUCGAAACGAAUCCGCCAGGUAUCGAGGAGCAAGGGGUCAUCCCUCUUUUUUUAUUUCCCGGACUCGACCGCCGCAUUUUUUCAGGAUUCCGAGCGUCGAAACGUGCGUGGUUCCGUACUAUUACCUAUUAUUAUAAUUUAUGGCCAAGGCGUGAGUGUUAUGAAAAAUCAUACGGCCCGCUCGCGCGUGAGCGGACUUCCGUGAUGCCAUCCGUUUAUCUAGGUUGGAAAUACAAGUCCACUCUUGCUCGAUAUCAGAGAACGAAGCUGCAAUCGCGGGGAAGUUGCAAUUUCGAGCGUUGCGUUGCGCUGCGUCAAGGAAAGAGAAUCGUUUCUUCACCUGAGAGUGAAGCUCUCCGAGCGCAAAUUGAGCUUCCGAUCGUGCACUGGACGCCCUCGAGGACGUCAUCUGGGAACGGCGAGGUCGGCUGGAAACUCACGGGGAGAAGCAGCGCGGAUCACGUGACGCUUCACGAUAAUCACGGAUAGCUCGGAUGCAACCUUGGCACGUUUUCGACGGGUCGAUAAACGCAGCGUGGCAGAGACGAAUCGGUGGUCAAAAGCCCCGGGAGAAGGGCCGCGGGUUACACGCCGAUGGCGACUACGAGGGUCGAAUGACAGAAUCGCGGGUAUUGGCUGCUCCGUACGAUCGUCACGUUCAUCGCGACAAUUUAUGACGAUUGGAAUAGCGGCCGUUACGCGUCCGUUUCGCUCCGCUCCGCUCCGCUCUGCUCCGCUUCGCGCAAUGCAGUCAGAUGGUCGGAAGCUCCGACGCGACACCUUAUCAAACUGGUUCAAUCAGCGCGAGAAGAGAUCCGCCGUCGCUCGCAUAAAAUUCGCGACCUUUAAUUGACGUCUCGGUCUUUAAUUGUCGAAACGAGGCGUCACGUAAACGGAUUACCGAAGAUCGUGCAUGGAAAUUUUUCAAAGUCACACAGAUACGACAUAGAUUCUGAUAAGAACACCCAAAUUUGUUCCAAAAUUUGUUGCCCCACUGCGACACUAAUUGCGAAUCCCAUUCUUGUUCCAAAUAUGGGCUUUGUGUCUAGAAUCGAAAGACAUAUUCGCGUUUCUUUCCUUUUUCAAUUAUAAUAUCAUACUUUUUAAGUGUCAAAGAGGACAUCCUAUUUUUAUAUCAACUAUUGAAUAUUGUUGUAUUCAAAACGGUAAAAUACUAGAAAAAUAAAAUAUUAUCAAAACACUUUAAAUUCAUUACAUUGAGUAAUGAAAUUAUUCGAUAGUCGAUUUUAUGUAAAUGUAAAACCAAGAUCAGAAAGAAUAUUGGGAGAACUUUGAGUUUCCCGCUUAGAGUCGCGUGUUUGAAACAUUACAUUUACAAGCAGAACCCAUAAUUAUUUCGGGGAAUUAUACUAGAUCCCAAGAAGCUUUCUGUGCGGAAUUAAUUCCCGAAAUGUUCGAUCGUUCGUGAAUGGCGCGUAGAGAUACCGUUGCUUCGGCACGCUUUGUCAAGGCGCUCUAUAUAUUGUAUAGGAAAAAAGUUCAAUGCCCCGGCAGACAUAAGUCUAAGUCAUUAUCUUCUACCGGACGACCCGGCAUCUGGCUUUAUUAGGGUCGCGUUUGGUUGAGAGGUUUCCGGCAGGACAUUGUCUUAUUCCCACGAGUGUCCCGUAACACGCGGUAUUUAGGAGGACACAACAGGAGACAGCAGGCACGGUACGCCGCUGAGAUUGUACUAAUUAAGUCCCACCUCCCAUUAAUUGCCAGCGUGCCUGUCUUGUCAGUGGUCGCCGUUCGUCGUUGCGGCUGCGGACAUCGGUAGUUAACCGAAUUUCGAUAUCGACAUGUUUCAUUCCACGAACAAGUUUCCCAUUCUCGCACGGUCGGACGACUGUUUACAAGAUCCCUACAACUAAGGACGUCCUAAGAACUUCAGCGAGUAACGAUUUCACGAAUGUCGUCCGAAAGUUACCGAGAGAAGAAGACGGAUCUGAGGAUUCUUUUGCGGCACGACUUGCGGGAAAUGACCGCGGGAUAAUUUCGCGAUUAACGACUCGCCAUAUCAGAUUCUGCAACGUUCGAAUGGAUCUAAUUUGCCCAAAGUCGCGAUCCUCUCUUCCUGUUUCGACUCGAGUUCGCAACUUCGUACGAGCGUCAGCGUUUCGUUAAAAUAUCGCGAGGAAGAAAGGAGGGUGGGAGGGAGAUGGUCUAAUGUCAGGUAAUUCUCGCGAAUUUCGGGGACCGCCCGAGCAUCGACGCACGCGAUUUCUGGACGGAAAGAGUUCGCGGGCGGCGCGGGUUCGUUUGUCAAAGUCAACGGAUGGACGGUCUCCGGAUUGAAUCAUGAAGCGCGUUUCUCGCCGGAGCUAUCUUGCACGCGGAAAACGGAAAAACGGACCCAUCGCGACGUCGCGCGCACGACUGGGACUCGAGAUGCAUCCCGUGCGCUACGUGGACGACGUGCGCGAUUACCGUACAGUUUUCUUCUCCCUCCUCCCCUGUUCUCCUCGCUCUGUUUGCCCCCUUUUCCCGCCGCAUACGUAUAUCCGUCCAAUUUUCGUCGUUUUCAAUGGGGGCUCUCGAUGCUCGCUCGAUAAAUCCAUCUAGACGAGAGAAUAUAUCCGCGCUUGCCAGUUUCCGCACGUAAGCGAAACGUCAGCUUUCCUAGUUUCUUGGAGCCAAGCCGCCGCCUAACUCUCAAGCUACUCUCUCUCCU